CUCAUGCAGUGAUCAUUCUCCGCUGAGUUCUGUAUCAGAGAGGAUUUACCUGCUGAACAUUCUAACACCGGAAUCCGGACAGGGAUCGUAUGAUGGGCUGCUCACAGCUACUGCCGCUCUUAGUACUGUGUUUGUGCUUCCAGUCAGUGACAGGAAUUAACACCACAUGUUCAUCAUCAGUUGGAGGAAGAAGUUUCAUUUUUGUCAAGGUAGAAUCCUGUAACGGCUCUGGGAACUAUGUUUAUGCAGUGGACGACUUUGCAGCGAAUGUACUGACCAGCAGGUUGACUACUGGUUUCAUCCCAGCGGUGUACCUAAUAGUGUUCAUCAUUGGCUUACCAAGCAACGCAAUAGCCUUAUGGGUCUUCUUAUUCAGAACCAAGAAGAAACAUCCGGCUGUAAUAUACAUGGCUAAUCUGGCUAUGGCUGAUCUAAUGCUUAUCAUAUGGUUUCCUUUCAAGGCUGCCUACCACUUGAAUGGCAAUAACUGGAUUUAUGGCGAAGCUAUGUGCAAAAUGUUUGUCGGCUUUUUUUAUGGGAAUAUGUAUUGCUCGAUCUUAUUCAUGACAUGUCUUAGUGUCCAGAGAUACUGGGUCAUUGUUAACCCUAUGUCACAUGCCAGAAAGAAUUCAAGAAUUGCACUCAUUGUUUCAGUACUUGUAUGGAUCUUAAUUAUUCUAGGCACAAUCCCAUUAUAUCUUUUUAACCAAACUGUUUACCUGCCAAGACUCAACAUUACAACUUGCCACGACGCCCUGCCACUUGACACCCUAUCCUUCGAUAUGUUCAACUACUUCAUCUCCCUUGCAAUCGGGGUAUUUUUUUUCCCUGCGGUGCUCACUACAUUGGCUUACGCUCUCAUGAUUAAGACUUUGAACGCCUCUAUCACUGAUGUAGAUAUUGGAAAAAAGAGGAAGAGAGCGAUUCGACUUAUCAUUAUAGUGCUUGUUAUGUAUCUCGUCUGUUUUAUACCCAGUAACGUUCUUAUUAUAGUUCAUUACUCUCUUAUUAAGAAAAGGUAUAUUGACAACAUCUACGCAGUUUACAUCGUCGCUCUGUGUCUCUCCUCUCUGAACAGCUGCAUCGAUCCUUUUGUCUACUACUUUGUUUCAAAUGACUUUCGGGAUCACGUGAAAAACACGGUAAAAUGCCGGAGUGUACGGACUGUCGAGAGAAUGCGAAUCUCAUUCAGUUCCAUGAAAUACUCAAGAAAGACCAGUUCCUACACAUCAAGCUCAAAUAACACAAAAACUAGCGAAUGUUGAAAGGUUUUCAUUUUUUGUUGUUGUUUUUUUUUCUUUCUACAUUGAAGAGGGAGAACUAUUUUUUGUUUUUUUCCAAGGUUUUUAAAAGACUGGAAUUCUGCGGAUAAAGAAUGCAGGUCCUUCUGGCACAGCAAGACUGAACAUGUACUGUAAAUGUGUUUUUUGUUUUGUUAGACUGAUGUAGUGGAGCACUGAAAUACUAAAUAAGACUAGUUAUUCAAAGUUAUUAUGAAAAAUAUGAAGCUUUUGUUGGGAUCACCAGAAAUUAAUAGACCCUUUGUAACUUUAAAUUUAAAACUCGGUGCCAUACUUUUUAUUUUUUUAAAGGGACUCUCCAGGCAGAGUAGUUUACUCACCUGGUUCCAGCGCCGGGAGCCUCAUGAAGCCGC